AUGGGGCUUCAACAACUAUUGACCGGCAACCAAUUGAACCUUUUGGAAUGUUGUAGACGAUUAAGAGAUCAGCGAGCUCACAGCGUGCAGGUCGAGAUACAGUACAUAUACGUGGCCGAAGCACUUUGCGAGUAUGGCAGGGCCAUGAAGUACAUCGUCGACCCGCAACUUCUGAAGGAAUUCGAGAAGUUCAAAGAAUCGUUCAAUGUGUUUGUUGCCGGCCUUGGAAUAGAAGAGCAACCACCGCCUGCUCCUCCUUGUCCCAUACCACCGCCUGGACCACCUUGUCCCUUACCAUCACCUGGACCACCUUGUCCCUUACCACCACCUGCUGCUCCUUGUCCCAUACCAUUUCCAGCACCCAAAGGAACCGCCGCUGUAGCUGCAACACAAUACCAACCCGAACAGGAUCUACCGUAA